AUGCUCGCAUCCGCGGAAUCCGCUAACGGAUCACACGCGUUCGCUUCUGGCGUAGAUUCGACGGUGGAAAGAGAGCUGUCGUCGGCGGGACUCACGGGAUUCUCGAGCCUGCUCAAGCACGCGGGACUCAUGCCAGAGCUCGAACUCCGCGCGCGAUUCGGAUCCGCGCUGACCGUGUUCGCACCGACGAACGUCGCGCUCAUGCGCGCGGACCCCGCGCUCCUCGCGUUUCUCAAGCUUCCGCGCAACGCCGCGCUGCUCCGCGACGUCCUCCUGUACCACGUGGUCGCGCGCCCCGUGUCCGCGUUCGCGUGGGAAGGCUCGUACGAGACGAUGCAAGGCGCGCCGAUCGCGCUCCACGUGGACGCGCUAGCGUUCCAGGUGGGCGGAACCAGCGUGAAGCAGUACCGCGCGCUCACGCUCUCCUUGACUCCCCUCGCCAGUGACGAGCGAAUUUCCGCCUCCGCCGGGGAAGGCGCGGAUUCCGCUUCCGCCUCCGCCGCCGCCGGCGCGUCCGCGCAACUAAUAGACGCCGCCGGGGGGAGCAGCACGGUCGUGGUUCACACCAUCAACGCGCUUCUCCUGCCUCCCUCCGUCGACGAAUUGCUCUCUCUCACCGCCGGUGCAAAGAAGCUGUCAAAGGUGAUAGUGCCGGACAAGUGGAAGGAGGGGGCGUCCAACACCACUGAGAGCGGCGGCAGAAAGAUCAACGAGAACAAGCUGCUGUCCAAGAAGAAAAGGUACACUCCGUAUGCAUCAUCAGCAUCUUUCAAGUGCAUCAUCUGCAAGCAGCAACUGCACCAGGAGGGAAAGUACUGCCACCUAUGCUCAUAUAAAAAGGGUGUGUGUGCCAUGUGUGGCAAGCAGGUACUCGAUACCUCCAUGUACAAACAAUCAGCAGUUUGA